GUAUAAAUGAAUCAACUAUCUGUUGAAUGAACACCAUUCGUGACAUAUGAUGUAGCUGGCUUUAAGUUCGUCAAUUAGAGCGGUGUAACGGGUGAUAGUAUUAUCAGGCACUAAAUGACCAGGACAUCUUCACACAGACGAUAGCAUCAUUCAAGUAAUGAGAGGCUUUACAAGGUAACCACAGGAUACUAGCCAGUUUAACUGCACGAUAAAGAAUAUGAAACGAUCUAACGUCGCUAAAGAAAAGUCAGACCCCCAAACGUAGCUGAGAAACUAAAGACUGGUCAUAGUGACAGGUUAGUUAUUUUUUAUGUAAUCAAGAAGAAUGAGGGCUCAGAACAUAAAACUCGUUUUAGCAAGAUAUUGGGUUCAUAAAGCAGAUAUUAAAUCAGCUAAUGCCUCAGUAUAUCUUCGGAGUCAUCUCGCUAAACGUGCAUAGACGUAAGGAAAAGAACAUAAAGAUUGUAAAUUUUCGAACUAUGGGAUCUCAAAAGAAGAUGAUACCGAGGCCACUAUCGGUGAAGGACGAAACCAUUUAAAUAGGCGUUGGAUCUGUCAUACAAACGCCCAAAACUGCUAAAUAAGAAAUAGAGCUAGGGAGGCAGAUAUACACAGCCCAAUCGGAUGUAAUCUACACUCCAUAUAGCCCGAGUUGUUUUUGUCUUGUUACGCACCAGAAGUUUGCUCGGUAUGUAAGGAUAUUCUCAUAAAGUCUCGAUUGUCUGCCAGCCUUAGAGUCUAUUGAUUAUACAGUACUGUGUUUACAGUCCGAUUCCAUAUAGGUUGUGCUUGUCACUACCUUUCAUGAUCUUUUUGUGGGAAGCCUAGUCAGACUUUGUGAGUUGUUGUGGGUUACUCUUAUAUUCGACCAGUGACAUGUACUUAGCGUGUAUAAACACAUUUAUGAUAGUGGGCGUUCACAUGGUUACAAGCUCAAACAAUGAUCAACGUUUACCUUGAGUUUUGUUAUUUGUACUUAUGGUCUUCCUACUUCGUGAUGAAUGACUAUCAAGUUUCCUGUUUAGUGUAGCUGAACCGGGACUGAUAGUUGGGUGAAGAUGUGAAUUAGUUUUUACUUAUAUAUAUGGAGAGGAUGGUGUUCCAUCUGAGCCUCAAGUUCCAAUCUCAUGCAUAUCGGGUUCUAUAUUAGACUUUCUAGUAAUUAAUACUAGUUUAUUUUCUUACCUAACUUAAUAUGGUAAUGCACAAGCCAGAUAGUUCAUGUAAGCCGGCAGCAGUCGAAUCGUCCUACCACAAAAACAGAUCAGUUCGAAAUCUCGACUAGUUUAUUGGGGCACAGAUUUGCCACAAGCGAAAUCAACUAAUUUUUAAAAGCUUCAGAGUAUAUAAGUCUUAUAACCUGAUCAAACGAUUUUUGUUCCAAACAAAUUCAUAGAAACUGAAGCUGGCGACUGAAAAGGGGAUGGAACUGCAGAAAAAGAUCUUGUCAGUGAAGAUGAAGAGGAUGAUGAAGAAGAAAAUGAUAGUGCGGAAGAAGAGGAGGAGGACGACGAAGAGAGUGGAGAUGACGAUGACGAAAGCGAAGAGGAAGAUGACGACGACGAUAGUGAGGAAGAGGACGAUGACGACGAUUGUGAGGAGGAAGACGACGACGAUAAUGAGGAAGAAUCUAGUGAAGGAGAGAAAGAAAGUAAUAAAGACAAUUCAAAACUGAAUGCUGAGAAAGGUAAAGCCAUCAACAACCUGGUUGGGUCAAAGGCUGUCCAAAAACCUGGUUCGAUGUUGAACAAUGAGAAAUUGACGGAAAAUAAGGUAUCAAGCAUACCGAGUAAAGUGACUGAGGGGUCUGAGCCACAAAGCAGUACAUCAGGCAAGGUCCUCAUACUACAUGGACCUGAUAACUUGAAUAGUUUGAAAGAAUUCCUUUCCAAAAUUAGCCCAGUGACCAGCAUAAGCAGGAUGGAACCAGCACCCAUAAUGGCUACCAUCGCUAAUAUAAGCAUUUUCAAAAGUCGAUUAAAGUCAGGAAAGUUGAUGUUUCACGGGAAGGAGCUCGACGUAAUACCUGUAGAGAGAGUCGAGGACGCUAAUAAAGGAAUGCAACCCACCAAAACUUUGUUCGUAGGUGGAAUUCCAAAAUCCAUGACAAUUGAACAACUAAAAAGUCAACUCCCCAACAACUGUCAACCUGUUUCCCUAAAUUUGCUGAAUAAAAACCCUAAAAUCAAUAGUGCAUUUAUGUCCUUCUCCUCUAUUGAUGUGGCUAAGCAAGCUCACCAAAUUUUCAGUUCUUUAACUGUGGAAGGUCAACUGUUCAAAGCUAACUUCGCUAAAGACCAACAGCCUCGAGCUGGUCCUGAUGGUUCCGUAAGAGUCGCAGUUUCAAAUUGGGAUGGUCAUCCGAACCAGUUGCGUAAGCUAUUCCCGACAUGUUUAGACGUUCAGUGGAUUCAGAAAAAACGAAAGGCAUUUCUUAAAUUUCCUUCCUUGGAAGUCCGAAAGGCUGCUGUCUCACAGCCAAAGUUCCAUGCCGGUAAACAGCUGAAACUGGCAUUAACAGGAGGACCAGAGCUCAAGACUGCCAUCGUUUGGGGUUUUCCAGCUGAUACAAAGGAAUCAGACAUCAAAGGAUUAUUUGGUGGCGUCGUUUCAGUGUCACGUGAUACAACUACAGGGAACCAGAGCGCAUCCAUGACUGUCGAGUUUGAAACCGCUGCAGAUUGUAACAAUGCAAUUUCCUCAAACGCAACUCUGAAAGGUCGCCGCGUGACAAUAUUUUUAAAAGAUGUCUUUGUUGAUGAUUGUGCUAACAAUCAACAGAAGCAUUCUGGACCAUCUGAGAAGAAAGCUAAACCUGUAGAAGUAGGUGUUUCGAAGGUCAAGACUGCUCACAAAGUUUCAAAGGCAGAGGAAGUGAAUGACGCAGAUGACAUUGAGGAUGAGAAUGACGACGAAGAGGACGAAGGUACAAGUGAAGAUGGCGACGACAGUGACGAAGACGAUGAAAGCGAAGAUGAAAGCGAGGAAGAAGAGGACGGAAGUGAAGACGAAAGUGACGAGGACGUUGAUAUGGUCUCACCUAAAGGCAAGGAGAAGAAGCAGUUUCCUGGCUUACACGACAAAAAAACUGGUGGAUUUCCGAAAGCAGACAACCGUUCAGGAGAUCAAAGCAACUUCAAAGCGCAGCACAAAUUUGGUGGUGAUUUCAAGCGCAACUCGUUUCGUGGUCGUGGUGGUCGAUCUCGCGGCCGCGGUGGUCAGUCGCCUCACGGUCGUGGUGGACAGUCUUUCCGUGGUCGUGGUGGUAACCGUGGGGGCUGGUCAAAACGCGGUGGUUCUGAUUAAAAAACUUGAUUGCUCUGUAAAUCCAAAUUGCAAAUAAAUCUUUGUAAAUGAAUCUGAUUUCUCUGACAGUUUGUUUUCCGUCCUUGAUGAGUACUUCUGUUUUUAGUUAAAAAGCAUGUCACUGACACAAGCAUACCAGUCUGGUCAAGCCACUUCUUUGGCCGUAUACAAUCUACCCACCUCGGCAGACGAAACAGAAGUUCAGUCGGUAUUCCCUUCGGCCAGGUCAGUCAACUUCGUACGAAGUCAUUCUGUGUCUUCGCAAUCUAAAGGCAUGUGCAUCUUGCAAUUCAACAAUGCUCGCGACUGUCAACAAGCCUACGAUGAAUGUCUUCAAGGAAAAGAAAUUGGUGGACAGCUGCUGCAUGCGGAACUGAACGGAGAUUAUCAUUCCAGUUCGUCAGAAAAUUUAAAUGUCAGCCAGCAUUAUGGAGGCAAUUCCAGGGAUUUCAGACGUUCACAUGCCGAUAAUGAGUACAGCCAGCCCACGUAUGAUCCGCAUAGUAGAACUGAUAGUGAAAGUUCUUCCAACGCCUCUUGUACACUCACCGUGUCAAAUCUUCCCUAUACAGCAUCUGAAAGAGAUAUUAUGCGCGAGUUCCCAGAAGCCCUCCGAGUGGCACUUUCGUUAGACGAGCAGGGACGUUCCAGAGGCGUUGCUCACGUGACUUUCUCGAAUUCCGACCAGUGCAGCGCCGCUCUUACUUCCUGCGGAAAUAAGAUGAUGGGCGGUAGGCCUGUACGUGGACGAAUCCAGAGAGACCAGGAGCACAAUCAACAACCGAGUUAUAACAAUCAGCGCCCUUAUAAUCGUGACCAAAGAGAAUACGGUCAACGUAAUCAACGCGACUACAAUCAGCGGAAUUUCAAUAAUCGAGAUCACACCAACCAGCGUGAAAACGGUAACCAGAGAGAUGGCAAUCAACGUGAGUACAAUCAGCGUGAUUAUAGUGGUCAACGUGACUACAACAGACAAGGUAAGUUUAUUUUGUCAGGCAACUAACUGGUUUAGUUGUUUCAGUGUGACAGGCAGUGUAACUAUUUUCUUUUUGUGGUUUCAGGUAGGCAGUUCGACUACAAUUCAGGCAGAGGCGAAAGAGAUGUAAACCGUUUCCAAGGUGCUCCAGCUAAUCGAGGCGGGUCACGCGAGUUUGGUAGAAAUGACCGCUUCGAACGAACAGAUCAAAGACGAGAUCGCAGCCCAGCCAGAGGAGAGCCAGUUCGUGGGUACGGCAGCUCAAAAGGACCCCGAAUAACAUCAGCCGUAAUUCACCGUCCAGGAAAUGCCAGCCCUUCGGAGUCGUCCUCUUCAGAUGAGGACUAAAUAUCCUGGUAUUUUUCAGGGAUUCCUUACUGAUGCGUCGUGCAAAUACUUUUAUUAACGUACAUAUGACUUUAAACAUUAAAAUAUUCAUGUUGGAAAUUCAUUAAUGUUGUAGUCUAAUAUACACUUCACUUCAUACGCGGAUUUUUACAGAACACAGU